AUGCUCCGUAACUCGUUCAAAAAAAAUUCAUGGGAAGCCGUUGAAAAGUGCUCUAUCCUAGGCGGAGUGAUGGAGAAUUUGGACUCCAAGUGGAUCGACAAUCGGGAGUCAAAAUGCGUAGCUGAAGUUCAUAAAUCUCCUGCGCGGCUCAGUCUCUGGAACAUGCGAGAUGUAUUUAUCCUUGUCACUGGCGGCGUGGCAGCUGGAGCACUCUUCAGCACUAUCGAAGUGACCUACGGUAGGAGAAAAGCGAGAAGGGGACGUGAACGAGCACUCGCUGCGCGAUAUGGGGAGAAGUGGCGGAAUUUGGCGUCAGGUGGGCUUCGAACGAACAGGUACAACCUUUCACGACCGGUGAUCAGACGAGGAUUAGGUGGUCUAGAGCCAUGCUCAUUAGCAGACGUCCGGCAGCGUGAGCAGAACCGAUCUAAGCAGAAGCCCGUAAACGAAGCGUUGAUUCGACCCCCGCCUUUUGUGCCAGAUUUAAACUUCGGUCGACACUCAGUGGUUCUAUUCUGCAGUCGAUGUCGUAGGGAUCUCGACGACGAAUCAGUGUCCAAGACCUCAGGAACCCUAGAAACUGAGCGAAAGUACAAUUUCGAAUUCGAAGGUGUUCAUGCGUUUGCUUCAGUUUAG